UCUCAUAACGUAUUAUGAUGUAGGGGAGGGAGGAAGGAGGGCCAGAGUAGGGGGCACACCCUCUCCCUGAAUGAAAUUCAUUUAGGGGCACUGUCUGCUCGCAUGUUCUGCUCUGGGAGAAAAUGGGUAGCAGAAGCUACAAUUUGUACUAAACUAAUGAAAAGAGAGAAAAGAAGAAUGGGGAAGAGAAGGGCAAAGAAGGCAAAAAGAGAAGAGAAGAAAAAGGGAGGAGAGAGAAGGAGAAAUGAGAAAAGAGGAAACCAAAUGAAGAGGAUGUGUGAGAGAAAAAAAUAUGAAACAGACCUAGAGGAUCAAGACAUAAUGGGAGCAUUUUUAGACAAGCCAAAGAUGGAAAAGCAUAAUGCCCAGGGGCAGGGUAAUGGGUUGCGAUAUGGGCUAAGCAGCAUGCAAGGCUGGCGUGUUGAAAUGGAGGAUGCACAUACGGCUGUGAUCGGUUUGCCAAGUGGACUUGAAUCGUGGUCAUUCUUUGCUGUGUAUGAUGGGCAUGCUGGUUCUCAGGUUGCCAAAUACUGCUGUGAGCAUUUGUUAGAUCACAUCACCAAUAACCAGGAUUUUAAAGGGUCUGCAGGAGCACCUUCUGUGGAAAAUGUAAAGAAUGGAAUCAGAACAGGUUUUCUGGAGAUUGAUGAACACAUGAGAGUUAUGUCAGAGAAGAAACAUGGUGCAGAUAGAAGUGGGUCAACAGCUGUAGGUGUCUUAAUUUCUCCCCAACAUACUUAUUUCAUUAACUGUGGAGACUCAAGAGGUUUACUUUGUAGGAACAGGAAAGUUCAUUUCUUCACACAAGAUCACAAACCAAGUAAUCCGCUGGAGAAAGAACGAAUUCAGAAUGCAGGUGGCUCUGUAAUGAUUCAGCGUGUGAAUGGCUCUCUGGCUGUAUCGAGGGCCCUUGGGGAUUUUGAUUACAAAUGUGUCCAUGGAAAAGGUCCUACUGAGCAGCUUGUCUCACCAGAGCCUGAAGUCCAUGAUAUUGAAAGAUCUGAAGAAGAUGAUCAGUUCAUUAUCCUUGCAUGUGAUGGUAUCUGGGAUGUUAUGGGAAAUGAAGAGCUCUGUGAUUUUGUAAGAUCCAGACUUGAAGUCACUGAUGACCUUGAGAAAGUUUGCAAUGAAGUAGUCGACACCUGUUUGUAUAAGGGAAGUCGAGACAACAUGAGUGUGAUUUUGAUCUGUUUUCCAAAUGCACCCAAAGUAUCGCCAGAAGCAGUGAAGAAGGAGGCAGAGUUGGACAAGUACCUGGAAUGCAGAGUAGAAGAAAUCAUAAAGAAGCAGGGGGAAGGCGUCCCCGACUUAGUCCAUGUGAUGCGCACAUUAGCGAGUGAGAACAUCCCCAGCCUCCCACCAGGGGGUGAAUUGGCAAGCAAGAGGAAUGUUAUUGAAGCCGUUUACAAUAGACUGAAUCCUUACAAAAAUGACGACACUGACUCUACAUCAACAGAUGAUAUGUGGUAAAACUGCUCAUCUAGCCAUGGAGUUUACCUUCACCUCCAAAGGAGAGUACAGCUCAACUUUGUUGAAACUUUUAACAUCCAUCCUCAACUUUAAGGAAGGGGAUAUGACAUGGGUGAGAAUGAUUACAUCAGAGAACUUCAGCAGUACAACAGCUAGCCCAGAACUGAUUUUUUUUUUUUUUUUGUAAAUUUGAGAUUUAUGUAAGCGUGAUUUCAAACCAUAAUUCGUGUUGUAAAUCAGACUCCAGCAAUUUUUGUUGUAUGAUUUUGUUUUUUUGUAAAGUGUAAUUGUCCUUGUACAAAAUGCUCAUAUUUAAUUAUGAACUGCUUUAAAUCACUAUCAAAGUUACAAGAAAUGUUUGGCUUAUUGUGUGAUGCAACAGAUAUAUAGCCCUUUCAAGUCAUGUUGUGUUUGGACUUGGGGUUGGAACAGGGAGAGCAGCAGCCAUGUCAGCUACACGCUCAAAUGUGCAGAUGAUUAUGGAAAAUAACCUCAAAAUCUUACAAAGCUGAACAUCCAAGGAGUUAUUGAAAACUAUCUUAAAUGUUCUUGGUAGGGGAGUUGGCAUUGUUGAUAAAGCCAGUCCCUUCAUUUAACUGUCUUUCAGGAUGUUCCUUCGUUGUUUCCAUGAGUAUUGCAGGUAAUAAUACAGUGUAUUCAUAAGAAUCUCAAUCUUGGGGCUAAAUGCCUUGUUUCUUUGCACCUCUUUUCAAGUCCUUACAUUUAAUUACUAAUUGAUAAGCAGCAGCUUCCUACAUAUAGUAGGAAACUGCCACAUUUUUGCUAUCAUGAUUGGCUGGGCCUGCUGCUGUUCCUAGUAAGAUAUUCUGAAUUCCAUUUUAUCAAUAAAGCUUGAUUUAACAAACAAGAAA